CCUCCUGCGAGCAGCAGUCGGCCUAUAGCUCCAGGAGGACCCAGUCAGUGCGGACACCUGGAGCUCCAAACACCGGCAGUUCCCCCCUGAGCUCCCCGACAUGCAGUGACUGCAGCGGGGGGGCUGCUUCAGGACCCUCGCGUCAUGGCGUCCCGGCUGUUCGACCGUCUGAAGCGCUCCUUGUUCAAAGAUGGUCAGGGGGCGGGACCUGAGCAGGACGCUGCAUGUGGACAGGAGGAAGAGGAGGUGUUUAAAGAGGAAGGCUGGGAGGCGGAGCUGGAGGAGGAGGAGAAGGAGUGUGUGAGCGAUCGGCUUGGUGGGACGCUGUGCUUCGACGGCGAAGGAGGAGGCGAAGGAGGAGGCGAAGGAGGAGGCGAGGGGUCGGGGCUGGACAGUGACUCCGACUUCCUGGGAGAGUCGAUGGAGGAGGGGCUGAGCAGCACAGACACCAGUCCUGUGGGCGUGUCCCCGCUGGGCUCCUCCCCGUCCUUUCUGCUGACUCGGCAGCUUCAGGACAGCUGGAGGACCCUCCGUGGUCUCGGGGGAGGAAGUCCCACCUCGACCGGGAGGCAGCUGGCGGACGACUUGCUGUUCGAGGUGACGGACGCCAGCGUCGUGCAGGACGCCUCCUCUAAAUACGUGCUGUACACCAUCCACGUCAUUGAGUCCGGCGGCAGCGACAAGACUCCGGCCGUCAUCACCCGCCGAUACUCCGACUUCCAGCAGCUCCACGCCGCGCUGCGCCGUAACCACGGAGACCGGAUGGAGCGCGUCUGCUUCCCGCGAAAGAAGCUGCGCAGGAACUUCACGGCGGAGACGAUCGCCAAGCGGAGCCGGGCGUUCGAGCAGUACCUGUCUCACCUGUGUUCCCUGUCGGCCCUGCGGGGGGCGCUGUGCGUUCGACAGUUCUUCUACCUGACAGACCUGCAGACCGGACAGCUGUUAAUCAGGGUGGGACGUUACCAGGAGGCUUUGGGUCCGCUGCUCAACGCCAAGAGACUGCAACACAAACUGGGCUGGACGAGUGACGGUGACGGCGAGGCUCGGGCUCCGCCUCCGGCCUCCUCCCAUUGGUUCUUCACCUUGGUGGGUCUGUCGAGCUGUUUCCAGGAAGUGGACCAGCUGGAGGAAGCCCGCGAUCACUGUGACGACGCCCUCCGUGUCCUGACCCCCGAGGCGGAACACAGGUCCCUCCCUCUCCAGGAUAAGCCCCACCCACUGAUCGAAAAGCAGGACGUGUCGCAGCAGCACGUCGACAGGCCACACCCCCUCCUGUUGCCAUUGUUGCGGGCGGUGGUUCGGCUGUCGUGGCAGACGGGGAGGGACAAGCGGCAGUGGGAGGAGCUUCUGCAGCAGCUGGAGGAGCAGAGGGCGGGGCUAGUAGAUAAUCAGCCAACCAUUAAAGAGUUCCUGAUCAAACACAAUCUGCAGAGCGAGGGGGAGGCCUAGAACAACACACACACACACACACACACACUGCAGAGGACAAUCACUACACUUCAACAUGUGUGUUGCGUUCACUGUGCAAAAAAAGUUGAAAAAAAGCCUUAAUAUGGUCAGGAAUUAAAUCAUGACGAAAUAACUAGGAGAAAUAUGUACGGAAGCCCAGAGAGGUCAAACUCACUCUGCUGAUCUAAAUGUUUCUGUGUGUUCUGUAACAUUAAACCAUUUCAGUUGCAUUCAUCAGCCUCUUGUGGCCAUAAUGAGUAUUACAACAACAGAAACUCACUUGGUAAACACAAAAAAGAUUAUUAAAAAUAAUAAAUAAAUACGUUAAAAGCAAAAUUAUGACAAGAAAAAAAUAUAUAAUAUCAGUUGCUCUGUCAUAGUUUUGAGAAAAGAAUUAACAUUACCAGAAAUUAUAUAGCUAAACUUUUUAAGAAAAUGUAUAUUUAAAAAAUAUAUUUUAGAGAACUUAUUUUCUCCAAAUAUUUCCACUUUUUCAGAUUCCAUUUUAGUUUUUUUUGGGCAAAUUACAAAUCGCUCAACCCUAGAGCCGUAAUUUAUGUUUUUUUAUGUAUUUUAUUACUUUUACGGUAAAAUACAUAAAAUACGUGUCUCGGGUUAUAAUUUCCACGGAUGAGUUCAGAUGAAUUAUAAAGGGAGGACAUUAUGUCCAAGAACAAUAAAUCCAAGCCAAGGUAUUCACAAAGCAUCUUGGCUCCUAAAAUAGUUUAAAAUUGUUUGGAGAAACUUAUAAAAACAAACAAAAAGAUAAUAAAAAAAAUGAUAAUGAAUGUUUUAUUGCACUUAGAAGUCGGUAACGAGGCGUUAACACACAAUGCAUCAUGUUUGUUUGCUUUUGUGUGUUUUUAUGCAAAUGAAAUAGAUUCAACAAACAUCUUGUGAUUUUAAAAAACUGCCAGGGAAACAUAUCCAUCUGAGUCGCGUUCAGAUGGAUAUGAAACGGCAUAAAGCUGCUGACUCGGGGGGUUGAUUCCUCUCUCGUGAAAGAACCUUCUCGUGUUUGACAAACAUUCAACGCUCACUUCACAAAUGUUUCAGUGUUCAACAAAGAAAACAACAUUUAAAUGAGAUGAACAUUGAGGUUAAAGAGGUUUUUUAAAAUGAAUUCUUACAGCAGUUUGAACCAGUUUACAACAAACUCCUCUUUGCACUGGGAAUUAUAAUUAUAUAUGCAUUCAGCAGAACAUGUGGAGCGAUA